GAAACGCAGGCACCGACUUCAACUACCUGGAGUUCUUCAAGGAGGAAAUCAGAAACGAGAACGCUACGAUCAAGAUCGGCGCGGUAAACAACCUACAUCUCAUUGCCUCAGCUCUGGGCCCGCAGAAGACGGUCAGUGAGUUGAUUCCGUACGUCGUGCAGGUGGUCCAAGAGGAGCCACUUUGCAAUGACGAUGAGUUUCUGUACUCAAUGGCAAGGCAGUACGCAGUGCUGUCCGAUUACAUCAAUGGCCACGACGACCUGCUCAUAGCACCUCUGGAGCACCUGGCGGCACAGGAGGAGACCGUCAUCCGAGAUCAGGCAAUCCAAUCUCUUUGCAAGGUCAUCGAAAAGAGGCCUACCUUAGCGCCUGACCACCUGGUGCCCACUCUCCAUCGCUUGGCCACAAAAACGGACUUCUUCACAGCCCGAGUGUCGGCCUGCGCCCUUCUUCCGCUGGCCUAUCGCCAUGUGAAAGAGGACCAGAAAGCUGGCUUGCGCAAGGCCUUUACCAUGCUGUGUGCCGAUGAGACGCCGAUGGUGCGUCGUGCUGCAGCACACAAAAUGCGAGACUUCAUUUCCGUUUGCGCGAAGCAGGACCUGAUUACAGACCUCAUUGGCGUCUACAAGCAGCUGUCCCAGGAAGACACACAGGACACGAUUCGUGUCGCCUGUGUCCAUGCCACACUGGUCAUCGCCAAGAUGCUCAAUGCCGAUGAGAAUCGUCAGCACACAGUGCUGGUCAUCAAGGAAGCGGCAGAGGAUCGCUCCUGGCGUGUGAGGCUAACGGUUGCCAAGAACUUUGACCAGCUUUGCCAAGCUUUCGGUCCCGAACUUACGGCCCAAAAGCUGAUGCAGCCUUUCAUCCAGCUCAUGAAGGACAAUGAGCAGGAAGUGAGGAAGGAGGCUGUCCGGGUCAUUGAAGCCUGCCUCAACCUGCCGGAGCCUCUGACAUCGGAGCAGCUCCAGCAGCAUAUCCUGCCGCAGUUCCAGGCCCUGGGAUUGGAUCCUGCGCAGUCCGUGAGAGCAGCUUUGGCACAAGUUUUGGGUCCGGUGGCCAAAGCCCUCGGCCGAGACGUGACGCAGCGACAGUUGCUGAGUCUCAUUUCCGAUCUCAUGAAGGACGAAUUCCACGAUGUGCGGCUGAACAUUGUGUCUCAUGCGGGCCUCAUCUGCGAAGUUUUGAGUGUGGAUGGUCUUGUCCAUUCGCUUCUGCACACGGUGCAGAACCUGAUCAUGGACAACCACUGGCGCAUCCGUCAGAGCGUUGUCGAGCAAGUUCCGAAGCUGUCGCGGCUUUUUGGCAUGGAGAUGUUCCAGUCCAAGCUGGAGACCAUCUUCCUGUCGAGUCUCCGCGACUCCGUGCACUCAGUGCGUCAGGCUGCUAUCCAGCAUUUGAAAGAGAUUGCCGACACUUUCGGUUCUCAGUGGACCGUGGAGCACCUUCUGCCAAAGCUGGUUGAGCAAUACUCUGGCAGCGUUGGCUACGCAAACCGCGUGACCACGCUCCACGUGCUGCCGCAAGUCUCUGGGGUGAUGACGCCCGAGCAGCUCGUGCAGUACAUAGUGCCACUUCUCAUCAAGGCCACAAAGGACACCGUGCCCAACGUGCGCUUCUGCGCUUGCCGAACAAUCAUGUGGAU